ACCCCCCUAGACUAUCAGACACCACCGCUUGAAGGACACACUAGAGGACGAAGUUCGUGAGAGUCACCCACGACCGAGCGGUUCAAAUUCAUCAGUGAAAAAUUGUGUUUAUAUCGUAAAAGAAAUAAUCCAGUGGAAUGGAGACGAAAGUAAAAUUAACAGAGGAGAAGGCGUGGAAGGAACUUGAUGAGUACUUCAAUAAUGCUGGAUCCAAGAUCAAUAUCGCCAAUUUAUUCCAGCAAGACUCUGGAAGGUUUGAAAAAUUCAGUCUGACCAUCAAUACUCCAGAGGAUGGAGCCAUCCUCCUGGAUUACUCCAAAAACCGAGUCGACGAUAAAGCCCUGGGGCUCCUGAUGAACUUAGCUCGUGCCAGACAAGUGGAGAAGGCACGUGAUGCAAUGUUCGCCGGUGAAAAAAUCAACUUCACUGAGAAUCGCGCUGUCCUACACACUGCCCUGAGAAACAGACAAAAUACUCCCAUCCUUGUUGAUGGUAAAGACGUCAUGCCAGAUGUCAAUGCUGUCCUUCAGCACAUGAAGGAGUUUACUAACCAGGUGAUCACAAAGGAGUGGAAAGGCUUCACUGGCAAACCCAUCGAGGACGUCAUCAACAUCGGAAUUGGGGGAUCUGAUCUGGGUCCCCUGAUGGUCACCGAAGCCCUGAAACCCUAUCACAUUGGUCCAAGGGUUCACUUCGUCAGCAACAUCGAUGGUACUCACAUUGCGGAGACCCUCAAGAAGUUGAAUCCUGAAACAUCGUUGUUCAUCAUUGCCUCGAAGACGUUCACCACUCAAGAGACCAUCACCAACGCUACAUCGGCCAAGCUUUGGUUGCUUGAGCAUUUAAAGAAUGAAGCUGCAGUUGCCUCGCACUUCGUCGCCCUCUCCACAAACAACCAGAAGGUCAAAGAGUUUGGAAUCGACGAGAAAAAUAUGUUUGGCUUCUGGGAUUGGGUUGGAGGACGCUACUCCCUGUGGUCAGCCAUUGGUCUCUCCAUCUCCUUGUCAAUUGGCUUUGACAAUUUCGAGAAGCUGCUCAGUGGUGCCUUCUUCAUGGACCAACACUUCCGCACUGCCCCGUUAGAAAAGAACGCCCCUGUUAUCCUAGCUAUGCUGGGCGUUUGGUACUCCAACUUUUUCAAGGCCGAAACUCACGCACUCCUGCCUUACGAUCAGUAUCUCCACCGAUUUGCUGCCUACUUCCAGCAGGGGGAUAUGGAGAGCAACGGAAAGUACGUGACACGUUCAGGGGCGACUGUUGAUUACGCCACAGGUCCCAUUGUCUGGGGUGAACCUGGGACCAAUGGGCAGCAUGCAUUUUAUCAGUUGAUUCAUCAGGGGACCAGACUGGUACCAGCUGACUUCAUUGCUCCAGUAUUGUCUCAUAACAAGGUACAAGGAAAUUUGCAUCACAAGAUACUGCUGGCCAACUUCCUCGCUCAAACUGAAGCCCUGAUGAAGGGCAAAAGCUCCGAACAAGCCAAAGAAGAGCUUGAAAAAUCUGGAUUGAGUGCUGAGCAAGUCAAGCUCCUCCAGCCUCAUAAAGUGUUCCAGGGAAAUCGCCCAACCAACAGCAUUCUCGUUAAGAAAGUUUCCCCCUUCACUUUGGGAGCCCUAAUUGCGAUGUACGAGCACAAGAUCUUCACACAGGGAAUACUGUGGGACAUCAAUUCCUUCGAUCAAUGGGGUGUUGAAUUGGGCAAGCAGUUGGCAAAGGCAAUUGAACCAGAGCUAAACAGUCCUGAUAAAAUCACCAGUCACGAUUCCUCGACAAAUGGCUUGAUUAACUUCAUAAAAACCAACAGCAAUUAGAUCCUCAAUUAAUCAUAACUCUCCGUUGUUUCCUCGUCUAUAAAGUACGACGAGAAUAACCACAGGAUGUGAAAUCCUCAAUCGGCCUGAUAAUAUUCGUAACCGAAGUGUUGCACGUUCCACGGAGUAAUCACGAAAAAUCUGACCUUCGAUUCGUGUUUAUCGAACGUAAGAUAGUCUCAUACGCAUGCAAAAUGGCCUGAAUCUUUUCCUCAUACCAGAAGAAUGAAAAUUAAUUAUUUAUAGUUUCUGUUGUACCUAAGUGUUUCUGUUUUUUUUUUUUAUUUUAAAUAAAUAAAUCAAUUGUCAGUAGGAAUGACUUGUCCUCACUUCAAGUACUGUCGAUGAAAUAUUUCUACAGAAACAGAAGAAUUACUCGAAAAUAAUUGUUGAAAUUGUACUUAUUUUAUUCUGAUUGUGAAUUCAUAUCAAUAAUACACAAUAAAUGUACAUUUUAAUACGAUAUUGUACAAUGAAGAGUAAUAAACAGUAGUUUUCAACAGCA